GCCCCGGGCAACCGCCCGUGUCGCCCGUAUCUAAAACCGCUACUGCUGAUGACACAAUCCUUCAGACUGAUAGCACUGAUACCACAGAUUCACCAGAGCGUAUUAGUAGAUGGCCAGAGGUUUUUAUUGUUCCGCCAUUUUCUUAUGAAGUGGAACAUGUAUUAAGAGAGGGUAAUGCAGCAUUUGAUAAAGAUGGGAAAGUAAUUACACUGACACGAGAUCAAAAACACAACAUACUUGAGACAAUGGGGGAAGAAAUCUACAAACUAAAAGCUUACCCUAGUACAACACAAAUUGGCAAGGCUGCAGAAGCUUUAGUUAGAAAACAUCCCUGUCUGAAAGAGAGGAAUUCUGACACUGGGUGGGAAGGGUGGAAGAAUAGCCUGAAAUAUAAAAUGGGAAACCAAAGAAAGAAGUUGGCUAAAGCUGGCAUCAUGGAUGUUGCUGUGAAUGCUGGAAAGCGCAACAGAACAAACCCAGAUGGAGCUUCACCAAGGGCCAAUAUUAAAAGACCUAGGAGAGGUGAGGUCAACUUCCUUCCUUCUUAUCCUUCUGGAGAAACAAGGGAGUCUCUGGAAACCAGAAGACUUGAGAUGGUAGAAGAGUUCAAGAAGACCUCAGCAGAAAGCGACAUCCCUCUCAUUCAUCAGUAUAUGAUGCGCACUUUUGCACUCCGGCGUGAAGAGAUUGUCACAACUUCUCCUCCUGUAUCAGAGCUCAAGGACAGAUGGCCAGCACUCUUUCAUGAGACACAGCUCUACUUUGAAUUUCAUCGGAUCACCAAUCAGAAUCUGCCACAUGUGUUUUAUGCUGCAAAAAGAGGAAAACUGGACGGGUCGGUGAAAGGAUGGAGCAGCUUUUGUUGGCAUAUGGAAAACAGAACAGCAGCUUUGGCCGGCCUACCAAUGUACCUCAAGGAGGAUUCUUCAGAGAUUUUCAAAACAUGCAAAGUACUUGGGUAUUACAAUAAUUUGCACAUUUGA